CUGGAAACUGCCAGCAAAUGGACACGACAAGACAAGACUCACAAAACACAUGCCAACUCCGCAAAGUUCAAAACUUUAAUUUCCUUGAAUUCUCGAGGGGGAGAGGGGGGUGUGAAGAAACCGAAGCAAGCGCCAUGGUCUCUUUUCGCUUCCCUUUCUCGUUUUCUCAGCCCCCCGCCAAGCACCCUCUCCCCCGCCCCUCCGCCCUCUCCUUCGCCGUCGCCGCCGCCUCCGUCGCCGCCGGAGCCGCCGCCGUCGCCGGCAUUGCGGCGUCCCGGGACCCGCGGCGCCCCCCGUUCCUCCAGAGCGCGCUCGAUGUCCUCGUCUCCCGGAGCUCUUCCUUGCCCCUGUGGGGCUCGCUCUCUCUGGCCGAGAAUUCUCCUCCGGUGGUCGAGUCGAGGACCGGCGUGUCGUUCCCUUCGGUCGUUGGCGGGUCGCGGCAGCUCCUGGGAGUCGGGUUGAGGAGGAAGAGCCUGCUGGGGUUGAAGAACAUCGAUGUCUAUGCGUUCGGUGUAUAUGCUGAUGAUGAGGAUGUAAACAAGUUGCUCAAGGAGAAAUAUGGAAAAUUAUCCACUUCUGAGCUCAAGGAAAGCAAGGAAGUAUCGGAGGAUCUGAUGGAAGGUGAUAUAUGCGUAACUGUCAGGCUUCAAAUUGUUUAUGGCAAAUUGAGUAUAAAAUCCGUACGCAGUGCAUUUGAAGAAUCAGUUGGAAACAGACUUAAAAAGUUCAGUACAGAAGACAAUAAAGAAUUGCUUCAAAGAUUUACUUCCCAGUUCAAGGAUGAGUACAAAAUACCACGAGGAUCUGUGAUAGACCUGUCAAGAGACCGGGGUCAUGUACUUCGCACCACAAUUGAUGGGAACGAGGUGGGAAGCAUAGAGAGCAAACUUCUUUGCCGGUCGAUUCUGGACUUGUACAUCGGCGAGGAUCCUUUCGAUAGACAAGCUAGGGAAGAUGUCAAGCUGAACUUGGCUUCUCUCCUUCAAAAGUGACUCGCACUUCUUUCCACUGUUCGUUUGCAGGAGAGGCUUGUGAAGACGGAUCUUAAACAUACUCUUUUACCUGUACUCUUACUUUCUCGGUCAACUUAAAUAAGAGUCGUGUACCACUUCGUUCCAGUAACUUGGGAGCUAAAACAUUAAGAAAGGAUUCAAACAUGUAAGCGGUAUUCUUUUCGUGUAAUUUGAUCCACAAUCACGACACAACUGAUUUCAGUAUCACAUAUUAGUGCUGACGUCACAUUUUCUCAA